UUUCUCGCAAUACGCUGCCUCCUACACACCUCUGCUGGCAUGUUAAUCAAAGCUUGAUGAUGGACUGGAGGUUGUGCUGCCCCUGAAGGGAAAAUCAGCCACUCAGAUGCUGUGGCUGGACAAGAGAAAAUAAGCUUAAAUCAUCAUCCCGAUUUUCAGCUUGCAGACUUCCUAGGGGUAGCUGUGUGCAGAGAAAGGGACUUCUGUUCUGAAGCAGUGUGGUGGUUGAACCCUUUGUUUGUUCUUGGCCAUAAACAGAGACUAGACGAAGAUGAUAUGUAUAAAGUGCUUCCAGAGGAUUCUUCAAAGAUACUCGGGGAACAGUUGCAAUCGUAUUGGGAUAAAGAGGUGCAAAAAGCGAAAAAAGACGCAAGAGUCCCACGCUUAACAAAAGCAAUUAUACUUUGUUACUGGAAGUCUUACUUUGUUCUGGGAUUUUUCACCCUGGUUGAGGAAACGCUCAAAAUUAUUCAGCCAAUAUUUCUGGGGAAUAUUAUUAGCUAUUUUGAAAAGACUGGUCUAUCUGGCCCCCUUGAUGAUGGCAGCAGUUCAUUAAAAGAUGCUUAUGUCUCAGUCAUGGGCUUGUCUGUGUGCACUUUGAUUUUGGCCAUAACUCAUCACUUGUUUUUUUAUAACGUACAACGUGUUGGCAUGAAGCUGAGAGUGGCUAUGUGCCAUAUGAUUUAUCGGAAGGCACUUCGUCUGAGUAAUGUAGCUAUGACAAAAACAACAACUGGUCAGAUUGUAAAUCUCUUAUCAAAUGAUGUGAACAAGUUUGAUCAGGUAACAAUCUUCCUGCAUUUCUUGUGGGCUGGGCCAUUGCAGGCCGUUGCAAUAACCAUCUUCCUUUGGCUCGAGAUCGGACCGUCUUGCCUAGCUGGGAUGGCCGUUCUCAUCAUUCUGCUUCCUCUGCAAACCUGCUUUGGGAGGCUGUUCUCAUCUUUGAGGACUAAGACUGCAGCCUUCACAGACGUGAGGAUCAGGACCAUGAAUGAGGUCAUAACUGGGAUGAGGAUCAUAAAGAUGUAUACCUGGGAAAAAUUGUUUGCUGAUCUGGUGAAUAAUAUGAGAAGGAAGGAGAUUUCCAUGGUUCUUAGGAGUUCUUAUCUUCGGGGACUGAAUUUGGCCUCUUUCUUUGUUGCCAGCAAAAUAACUGUGUUCAUGUCCUUCAUGACUUAUGUACUACUUGGCAAUGUUAUCUCGGCAAGUCGGGUUUUUGUUGCUGUGUCACUGUACGGUGCGGUGAGGUUGACGGUCACUCUCUUCUUCCCAGCGGCCAUUGAAAAAGCAUCAGAAACAAUGGUCAGCAUUCGACGAAUCAAGAACUUUUUGAUCCUUGAUGAGAUUUCUGAGCUUAGUCCAGAACUUAAAGCCGAUGAUGAAAAUGUCUUUCUUCGUGUGCAAGAUUUAACUUGUUACUGGAACAAGACUCUGGAGCUGCCAACCCUUGAGAACAUUUCCUUUUCUGUCAGACGAGGAGAAUUACUUGUUGUGGUUGGUCCGGUGGGAGCAGGAAAAUCUUCAGUCUUAAGCGCUAUCCUUGGUGAGCUGACUGCAAGCAAAGGUUUCAUAGAUGCUCAAGGAAAAAUUGCUUACGUUUCUCAACAACCUUGGGUGUUCUCUGGGACUGUGCGAGAAAACAUCCUAUUUGGGAAAGCAUAUGAAAAAGGAAACUACGAAAAGGUUCUGAGAGCCUGUGCACUUAAAAAGGAUCUGGAACUUCUGCCAGAUGGUGACCUAACAGUGAUAGGAGAUCGGGGAGCUACGCUGAGUGGAGGACAGAAAGCCAGAGUUAAUCUUGCCAGAGCAGUGUAUCAAGAUGCAGACAUCUACCUCCUGGAUGAUCCAUUGAGCGCAGUGGAUGCAGAAGUUAGCAGACAUUUGUUUGAAAAGUGUAUUUGUCAGGCCUUGCGUAAAAAGUUGUCUGUUUUAGUGACUCACCAGUUACAGUAUCUCCCGUCUGCAAGCCAGAUCCUAAUUUUAAAGGAGGGCAAGGAGGUUGGGAAGGGGACUUAUUCAGAGUUCCUGGAAUCUGGAGUAGAUUUUACUUCUCUUUUGAAAAAACCUGAAGAUGAUGAACUGCAACCAGUUGCAGGAACCUUCAGUCACAGGUUAUCCAGAAUCCGUACGUUUUCAGAAUCAUCUGUGUGGUCAAUGGAAUCUUCUGUGCAGUCACAGAAAGAAGGUGCUGCAGAACCACUCUCUAUGGAACCUGUUCUAACCGUGUUGCCUGAGGAGAACCGCUCAGAAGGGAAAAUCAGCUUGCAUGUUUAUAAAAAAUAUUUUGCUGCUGGAGCAAACAACUUUGUAAUUGUAAUACUUUUGUUUCUCACUGUUUUGGCACAGGUUGCCUAUGUGCUUCAGGAUUGGUGGCUUUCUUACUGGGCAAAUCAACAGGAAAAGCUGAACAUUACAGAGGGCAAUACUCAAAUGAAUGAGACAAAAACGCUUGAUCUCAACUAUUAUUUAGGAAUAUAUGCAGGUUUGACUGUGGUUACCAUAUUGUUCAGCAUAUUGAGAUGUCUGCUCAUUUUUCAAGUUUUGGUUAAUGCUGCUCAGACACUGCAUGACAAAAUGUUCCAGUCGAUUUUGAAAGCUCCUGUGCUGUUUUUUGACAGAAACCCUAUUGGAAGGAUUCUAAAUCGUUUCUCCAAAGAUAUUGGACACCUGGAUGAUUUACUUCCCUUAACCUUUCUGGACUUUAUACAGGUUCUGUUGCAGCUUUUAAGCGUCGUCGGAGUGGCCGUUGUCGUGAUGCCGUGGAUUCUCAUCCCUUUAGUCCCACUUUUUAUUAUUUUCGUCUUUCUUCGUCGGUAUUUCUUGGAUACAUCAAGAGAUAUUAAACGACUAGAAUCCACAACUCGAAGUCCUGUAUUCUCUCAUCUGUCGUCAUCUCUCCAGGGACUUUGGACCAUUCGAGCUUUUAAAGCAGAGCAAAGAUUCCAAGAGUUGUUCGAUGCUCAUCAGGACCUGCAUUCAGAGGCUUGGUUCUUAUUUUUGACCACCUCAAGAUGGUUUGCUGUACGCCUGGAUGCCAUUUGUGCCAUCUUUGUGGUGGUGGUUGCCUUCAGUUGUGUGCUGCUUGCUCAGACUCUAGAUGCGGGACAAGUCGGUCUAGCUCUGUCCUAUGCAAUCACUCUCAUGGGAAUGUUUCAGUGGGGAGUUCGACAGAGCGCUGAAGUUGAAAACUUGAUGAUUUCCGUAGAAAGAGUUAUGGAAUACACAGAACUUGAGAAGGAAGCAGCCUGGGAGUCCAGUAAGCGGCCACCUCCAGAGUGGCCAACAGAAGGUGUUAUAGCGUUUGAAAACGUGAGCUUCACUUACACCUUAGAUGGACCUUUGGUGCUGAGGCAUCUGUCUGUUUUAAUCAAGUCAAAAGAGAAGGUUGGAAUUGUGGGAAGAACGGGAGCUGGAAAGAGCUCUCUAAUAGCUGCUCUUUUCCGGUUGGCUGAGCCCCAGGGCAGAAUUUGGAUUGAUAAGUUUUUGACAUCAGAACUGGGACUCCACGAAUUGAGGAAGAAAAUUUCCAUCAUACCUCAGGAGCCAGUUUUGUUCACUGGAACCAUGAGAAAAAACUUGGAUCCUUUCAAUGAAUAUAGCGAUGAAGAGCUGUGGAAUUCUUUGGAAGAGGUCCAGCUAAAGGAGGCUGUAGAAGAGCUGCCCAACAAACUGGAAACACAACUGGCAGAAUCCGGCUCUAAUUUUAGUGUUGGCCAGAGACAGCUGGUUUGCCUGGCCAGGGCUAUUCUUAAGAAGAAUAAAAUAUUGAUUAUUGAUGAAGCAACAGCAAAUGUGGAUCCAAGAACAGACGAACUGAUUCAAAAAACAAUCCGUGAGAAAUUUGCCCAGUGUACUGUGUUGACAAUUGCACAUCGACUAAAUACUAUCAUCGACAGCGACAAGAUUAUGGUUCUGGAUUCGGGGCGGCUGAAAGAAUUUGAUGAGCCAUACAUCUUACUACAAGAUACAGAGAGCCUGUUUUACAAGAUGGUUCAGCAUGUGGGUAAGGCCGAAGCCACAUCCCUGAUGGAAACAGCAAAACAGGUUUAUUUCAAAAGGAAUUUCCCUGAAGUUAUCCCAGAUGGUCAAGCAGUUGCUAAUUCAUCAGCUGACUAUUCUCCAGGACUAAUUAUUUUUGAGACUGCGCUAUGAUCCAUACAACGACAGAGCUCUUUUUUUAAACAAAGAAGAAGAAUGUAGUAGUAAUAUUAUGCAACCCAAAUGUUGCUAAUAACUGAAAAGACUGGGGGGUUGUACUUGUUAGAUAAUUGUCACAUUGGAAAAGAAAUGUUUUUCAUGACUCUUGUUCCUUUCAAUUGAAUGAGUAAUAGUUGAAUGUUUUAAAAGUUAUAUAUUUUUACUUAUAACUGCCUGAUCCUGUAGAUUGACCACAACAACAGUUUUCCCUACAAAAUCAAAAAAUGCUUGGCGAUGCUUUACUUGGCAAGUGAAUAUCAGGGCGUCCUGAUUUGCCUUACUUGUUAUCAAUGUGCCUUGACAUGGGGAAGUUGCAGAGCUGCUGUUAAGUGUCCUUUACUCUAAAUCAAUCCUUUUUAUAAUGCAUUUAUUUUAUGUGUGUAGUUGAGGAAUGGUGCUAAAGAGCUAUGCUCCUGACUGCUUCUGUAUCAGCCAUUGGGCCUGAAAUCAGGCAUGGCCAGCAAUACAACACAGAGGGCCCCUUGAAACUAGUUCUGUUGUCUCAAAGGCUCAGUCUGUGAAGAAGGCCUGCAUACCUCGCAACCUGUUUUUCUGCCUUCAGCCCACUGGACGUGUAUUGUGGCCCAUCUCUUGUGUUUUAGCGUCCAGCCUUGGAUUGCAUUGAAGAAGAUUCUCAAGUACCUGGUAGGUGGUAAUGCCAAGCUGGUAGCUUUGUUCUGCUUGGUGGGUCUAUACCUUCUGUAGGCCUAUUGUAAAGGAAUGAGUCACCUGCAUACUUCAGUUAAUUGUUACACUACUGAAGGCAUGUGCUUAAAUCUCAGGGUGCCUAGUAUCUAGAAAUGCGCAAUCCAUUUUCUCAGGUUAGAAAUGAAGAGUGUGUUUUUCUAACGUUGCAUAUAGUGGCAAGUUGAGGGGAAGAGAAGCACAAAUGACUGCAUCUUAACCUUUACAUGGCUUUAAAUCCUCAUUAUGUUCACAAUACGUUUAUGGCAAUGUUUUUUAAAGCAAUUUUACGAACUGGUUAGUUCAAGAAAUGAGCAAAACCACAUUUAUUUAUCUGGAGAGGAAUUCUAACUGUGCCUUUCAUUCGUGUUUUUAAUUUGUUUAAAUUUGAGGACUAGACAGCUGAGUUGGAAGACAUUAUGUAGGGAUGACUUUGAGCUCAUAUAUACAAAAUAAUGCUACUGGUGGUCAUGGGGAAAGACACCAGUGGUGUUUGCCUUGAUUGGUUGAAUCUAUUCUUCCAGAGGUGUGCCCUGUAGUGCAAAGGUUGGGUGAACUAUUUGACCAAAUGGUAACUUGGCACUGUGUUUCCAUAACUAGAUGGUGGUGGCACCAGUCACUUGAUCUGUGAUAUGAGAUCUGACUUUCCUCAGCAUUAAUAUCCCAUAGGAAUGGAGGAACCAUUUGGCCAGAGUGAUUGUUGCGGAGAGAACCAUGCUAGUCAAGGUCUGAAUGGACCAAGGGGACUGUACGGUUCCUAAAUGGUUCUCCUGCAUCCCGAACACAUGGUUCUGUCCAGUCUGAGUUAAACCACAAGAAAGAAUAUCCCUUGCCAGAACCAAUGAAUUGAUCCACUGUGAUAUCCUGGCAAAUAUUGGAGGCACCAUUACCACACACAUGCUACAUCUAAUAAUAAGAGAAUAGGAAGAUUACAGAGCACUGUUUUAUUGAGUCACUAAAUGUAAAUCCCGGUAAAUGGGUUUGCACAAAUUCACCCUCAAUGCGUUUUUAUUUCCCAUGACAGUGUACUGAUUGACAGCGUACUAGGGUUGAUAGCGGCGAAGUCAUGACUUUAACUCUGAUUGGUGUGUUGCAAAGUGCCUUGACCGUGGAAACAGUUGCAUGCAGUUCACAAAGAGUUAUUACAAUAAUGGCAGACAGAUCUCAGUGUCAAAAAAAGUCAGUGUUGUGCACAUUUCCCUGUUGAAUGUUGGACCAGAAAGAAGCCAAUGUAAGAAGAGAUUGUUCUCAUUUUGCGGAUCUGUUGGUAUACAACUGUAAAACUAUAAUUGAACAUGUAUAUUUCUUUUUAGACAGCAUUGGAUCAGAAUGUGUUGCCAACCUAAACACUUUGAAGUGAAAGUUCACGAUGCAUUGUAUAGGUUUGUUAUGUGUGCCUUUCUGCACUGCAAGCCAAACUUAUUUAAAUAAAUCACCUUUUGAGUCCUCA